GUGCUUGGGCAUUUCCCCGUAUGUGUCACCACGGUCACACACUGUCUUUGUUUUGUUUUGAAAUCCCACUGAAACGCAUUUAAUUUAUUUGGAAAACUCGACCAAAAUUAUGUCCAACGCGGGUUAUAGACAGCUGCCCAGUGGCAGCGAUAGUGACCGCAGACAGGAGCAACUCACAGCUAGCACGUAUGACGUACUGCAACGAACGACAGAGAGUAUCCAGCGAUCCAACCAGAUUGCCAUCGAAACGGAAAAUAUGGGAGCAGAAGUCCUGGGUGAACUAGGCGAGCAGCGGGAGUCCCUUUUGCGCACCACCCGCCGCUUGGAAGACGCCGAUCAGGAUCUGUCCAAAUCGAGGGUUAUUAUCCGGAAAUUGGGCAGGGAAGUGCUCUACAACAAGAUCAUCCUGAUCCUCAUUAUAAUUUUGGAGGUGGGAAUCCUUGCCGGGUUGCUGGUUUUAAAGUUCGUUAAAUUUUAAGCGCUGGUGCCAUUUUAUUCCAAAGAUAUUGCAGCAAAUCGAGCAAUAGACUAUGUAUUUGUAUUAAUCGUAACGACUACUUUGCCUUAGAUAUCAAUAAGUUAUGCCACAUGUUUAUAAAGCAUAUAACCAAUUACAUAUGGGUAUUGAAAAACAA